GAGGAGACACAGGCGUGCAACUCGGGAGUUUCCUGUCCAGGCGACCCAGAGUGUCCAGAAAACAGCGUGUGGAGCACGUGCACAACCCCCUGCCCUGCGACCUGCCAGGAUCAAUCAGCCAACUGUCCCGAUCCAUGUGAACCAGGCUGCGAGUGUAUUGCAGACCACAUCUGGAGUGGACCAACCUGUGUGCCAGUAAACCAAUGCGGAUGCAUUGACCCUACCACCGACAUAUAUUAUGUGCUCCAUGCACAAUGGGGAAGACCAAACGGUGAGCUAUGCGAUUGCAAUGAGGGAGGGGUCAUCGACUGUGUCCAAAUGUACUGUGAUGUAGAUGGAGGCUACGCAUGGACGGAAGUGGAUGGGAUGUGGGGAUGCCACUGCGUAGGCGACUGUUGUGAUAGAACAAUUUGCAAGGCAUUCGGAGAUCCACACUUCUUUAUCCCUGACAAGACGAGUCAUAAGUUCCAAGGCCCGUGCACAUACACGUUCGCCAAGGACUGUGUUGGCAACGACUUUACCGUCGAAACAAAACACGAACCUUCAGACAGUAAUCCAUCCGUUUCGGUUGUGGAUGCGGUAUACGUCAUAAUAACAAUUGAUGCGGUUGAGUGGACAAUCUGUAUUCUUCAGGGCAAAGUUGUGUGGGUGAACGGCGUGACCCGCACGCUUCCCCUCAGUCUAGCAGGUGGCCAGAUCGAUGUCAAACUCACCGGUCGGUAUGUCCGAGUUGAGUUGGUGGACUUGUGCGUGGUCAUCCUCUACGACGGACUUCACCAAGUUAAAGUGGAGAUUCCACGAAACUAUCAGAACAGGCUGUGUGGACUGUGUGGUAACUUCAACGGCGACAAUACCGAUGACUACAGGUUGCCGGAUGGGACCGUCACGGACUUGAACACCUUUGGGAAUAGCUGGCAGACAGACGCUCCUUGUGAUUGGGAUCCUCCGACCGGUGACCCCCCGAACCUAGGACCGUGUGACCCGCAGUACGCAGGCCCAUGUGAUGUGCUGACAGAUCUGAAUGGCCCGUUUGCUGAUUGCCAUGGUUAUGUAGACCCUACGCCUUACCGGGACGCCUGCGUCUUCGACAUGUGUUCAACUGAGGGAGAGUGGCUUUGUUGCGACCUGGAGACGUAUUAUGACGCCUGUAUGGAUGUAGAUGUGGAACCCUUCAUCUGGCGGUCGACAGACCUUUGUCCUAUGGACUGUCCAGCAAACAGCGUCUACUCUCCAUGCGUAAGCCCCUGUCACGCGACAUGUGUGGACCCCAACGGCCCGGACAACUGUGACCUCCCCUGUGUAGAGGGAUGUGAGUGCGAUGAAGGAUACUUGGAAAGUGGGUUGGAAUGCGUAGAGGAAACGCAAUGUGGUUGCAUCGACGUUUAUGAGAACUACUACACGAUCGGAGAACAAUGAGGAACAGAAGACGGACAACAGUGUGAGUGCGGAUUUCCUUUUGGCCCGGGGUUCCCAUGGAUCACCUGUAAUCCAGCAGAGCCCUGCGAUGAAGAAGACGGCUACACCUGGGCGCUCGUGGAUGGAGUAUGGGGAUGCCACUGCACGAAACCCUGUUGUUUUGUGACCUGUUUAAACGGUGGAACAUGCGUUAACGGCAUCAACGACGACUACUCCUGCGAUUGUGUUGAUGGCUAUGAAGGCGAGCACUGUGAAACAGUUGAUGGCGGCUGGUCUGACUGGAGCCCAUGGUCUGACUGCAGCGUGACGUGUGGAG